UACCAGUUUGGUAAUUUUGAUCUUCUUUAUACUUAUGAACUUGUAGCGCGAUCAAGUGGAUAUUUGUGGAACUGUUCAUUGUGUUUUGGUACUCUGGAAAUUAAGGUUAUAACAGUUCGUAUGUUAUUGUGCGGUUAGUUUAGUAAAGCAAUGCGAGUUUAUAGGUAGAUACAGUCUGCAUAUUCACUUGCAUGGAUUGUGUAUUUUACAGUGAAUGGUGAACAGAAAUUAUAAUCAUGGUACGAAAACUAAAAUAUCACGAACAAAAACUAUUAAAGAAGGUUGAUUUCAUAUCGUGGGAAGUUGACAACAAUCUCCACGAGGUUAAAGUUAUGAGAAAAUACUGUAUUCAGAAAAGAGAAGAUUAUACAAAGUACAAUAAGUUGUCUCGUCACAUAAGAGAACUGGCAAGGAAAAUAAAAGAUUUGGACCAGAAGGAUCCUUUUCGGACGGAGUCAAGUGCUCAGUUGCUGGAAAAGUUGUACAUGAUGAGUCUGAUUCCAACAAAAUGGGAUUUGGCUCUCUGUGACCAAGUGACUGCUUCAUGUUUUUGCCGCCGUCGACUCCCAGUGGUGAUGGUCAGAAGCAAGAUGUGUGGGUCAGUGCACAUGGCCACAAAGUUUGUACAACAAGGACAUGUAAGAGUUGGUCCAGAAGUUGUGAAGGAUCCAGCAUUUCUUGUUACAAGGAAUUUGGAGGACUUUGUGACGUGGGUGGAUACUUCAGCCAUCAGAAGACACAUUAUGGAGUAUAAUGAAAUGCGUGAUGACUUUGAGAUGCUCUAGAAGUGACCUGGUAGAAAUUAUGCAGCUGUGUUGCACCCAAACAUGUUCUAAAGUGGAUCUACAUAUUGUGGGCAUUAGGCCCCCAUCUUGGACCUGUGCCCUUGGAUGUGCCUGUCAGUUGACCGGAUUUCAAGAUGCCGGGUGUUGCACUGUGUGGAAGGGGCCACAUCUCUUUCCUCACUCGUGUUAGCAUGGCACUGAAAUGUUUGUGUAAUAAUGUUAUUAUUUUUAUAAACAAAUAAAUACCUAUAUAAAAUGAA